AUGGGUUGCAAUUAUGCUCCAACAUUAAAGUUGGGCGAAAUAGCAAAACAGAAGGGCUGCCAUCAAGUGUUGUGGCUCUCUGGACCAGAACAUUACGUUACCGAAGUGGGAGCUAUGAACUUCAUGGUGUUCUGGAAAAAUGAAAAGGGGGAGGAUGAACUGAUUACUGCCUCACUUGAGUCAGGAAUAAUCUUGCCUGGAGUGACACGCCAGUCAGUGUUGGAACUUGCGCGAGAAAUGGGAGAGUUCAAAGUAACGGAACGCGAUUACACCAUGGAUGAAGUGCAAAAAGCUGUAAAAGAAAACAGAGUAUAUGAAAUGUUUGGGACUGGAACAGCCGCCGUUGUAACACCGGUCGACAACAUCGUUUAUGUGUGUGAUGGAAAGGAGGAGAGGAUGAAAAUUCCAGUGAUGGACAGCGACAAGUCCCUGAUGCAGAGGUAAAU